AUGAAGAGGAGAGAAGCCUCAGCAGACCUGGACCUCCCUGAAAAGGACAAGGAAAUAAGGGCUAAGGUGGAUAUCAGGCAGCUGCAGACCCAUUUCCAUCAUGAAGCAUACAAGAGGAAAUUCUUCGAUGCCGAUAUCUGGCGGCAGAUGCAGGCUCAGGAAAAAGCAAUAAAUGAUCUGAAGCAAGAACACAGACAUGUGACAUUAACUCUGAGCCAGAUCUAUUCACCGAGCAGCGUGUUGCUGGAAAACAGAAAUCGUAGGAAGAUCCAAAGCCUUUUGCAGACCAGAAUGCAGAAUGAUGCCCUGAUCAAAGACAGAAAAGCCCAGUUAGAUGACCUGGCCAAGCAGGUUGUAGAGCUGGAAAAAAAGAUAGUGAAGCAAAGAGACACAAACUGGAGGGUGUUGGAAGCAAAGAGCUGCAAACACCUGCAGAAGAAGAUUGAGUUACUGGAGAUGCGUCUGAGUCAUGUCACUGUCCGUUACAACACCAUCAUGACCAGGAACAACAGGCUCCGGGAGGAGACUGCCAGCCUGCAGACCCAGAAAACCUUUUAUGACAACUGCUACUGGAAGCUGGAGAAAAGUCUGGCUCAGCAGAACAAAUUGCUGGAUGCUGCUGUUGAGCAAGCCACAGAAGAUUACGAGCAGUGGAUGGAGGAUCUGGGGCGGAUCUCGGACAUCCGGGACGUGCGCUGCAGAGAAACCAUCCAGUACAACAUCAGGCUGCUGGAGAGGAAGUGUGCCCUGCACCAGGAGACCAGGCUGAAGAACUUCUUCCUCAGCAAAUGUGCAGACCUCUCUGUGCUGAAGGAACAGGCCAAAGAGAGAGAAGCCUUUGAGGCAGCUGAGAGGGCCAAAAGGAGCCAAAAGGAGAGCUAUGAGGUGGCCUACAAGCGUCUGCUGGAGCUGUCGGACGGAGACAUUGAUGAUUUCUUGGAGGACUUCCUUGAAAAGGACAGGAGAUUCUUCAUCCUCUUCAGCUACGCCAUCAGGCUGAACGUCAGGAACGAGGGUCUCAGGCAGAGGAUCCAGGCGAUCCAGGAUGACAUGAAUGCCAUCAGAACGGAGCGGGAGCAGGCGGAGACAAGCUGCACCCACAUCGUGCAGGAGCUGGAGGCCAAAAUAGCAGAGACCACCGAGGAGGCCAACAAGUAUGAGAACAAAUGCAAGGAGAGCAGCGAGCUCCUGGGACAGAUCCAAUCUCGCGUGGAGACCCUCUUGAAGAACAUGGACUGUGACACUACAAAGAUGGUGAAGCCUCUUGGGGACAGCUUGGUGCCAGUUUUUGGCAGCCAGGGGUGGGUUUGGGCAGGGUCCUGCUGCAGGGACACUCGGGACACUGUGGCUCCUCCCCACGCAGGUCCCGUGGAGGACAAGAUCAAGGAGUUCCUGCUGAGGGAGUCCUUGCUGCGCUACACGUCCGUCGAUCGCACCCAGCGCUCCCAGGCCUUUGUCAGCCCCCUCCAGGGAGCCUCCAAGCUCCUCUGGACCAUGGACAGGUCCAAGCUCUGCCCACCUCCCCCAGACCUGGAGGAGACCGCUGAGCCCAAAACCGGUGAGCAGGGAGAGGGGAGAGAAAAUUGA